CAAGUAUCAGCACCUUAUCAGCAGCAACAUGACGACUCAUUAUCCGUACUUUUUAAUCCUACUUACAAUCAUUAGCUCUGUCCUUCCCUGGGCCACAGGAGCUCCUGUACGAAGACCACCAGUUAAAUGCCCUCCUUUUGUGCCUGGGAAAUUUUGCUAUGGGAUAGUUAAUGAGUGUGCAUCUGACAGAGAAUGCAACUGGGGUCAAAGGUGCUGUCCCACUGGCUGCGGGAAGACGUGCAUAAAAGUCCGAGGGGAUUGGCACCAUGAAGAUUUUCCACAUUUUCCACCAAACAAGCAACCAGAAUUCCCAUAUCCUGAAGGUUUUCCACAAUUUCCACCAUACAAGUCACCAGAAUUCCCAAAGCCUGAAGAUUAUCCACAAGAGCCACCAUACAAAGUGCCAGAACUCCCACAGCCUGAAGAUUUUCCACAAUUUCCACCAUACAAGUCACCAGAAUUCCCACAGCCUGCAGGUUAUCCAAAAGAGCCACCAUACAAACAACCAGAAAUCCAACAAGGUGAAGGUUUUCCAAAAGAGCCACCAUACAAACAACCAGAAAUCCCAAAGCCUGUAGGUUAUCCAAAAGAGCCACCUUAUAAACCACCGUACAAACCACCAGAAAUCCCACAGUCUCAAGGUUAUCCAAAAGUGCCACCAUAUAAACAACCAGAAAUCCCACAGUCUCAAGGUAUUCCAAAAGAGCCACCAUAUAAACAACCAGAAAUCCCACAGGCUCAAGGUAUUCCAAAAGAGCCGCCAUAUAAACAACCAGAAAUCCCACAGGCUCAAGGUUAUCCAAAAGUGCCACCAUAUAAACAACCAGAAAUCCCACAGUCUCAAGGAAUUCCAAAAGAGCCACCAUAUAAACAACCAGAAAUCCCACAGUCUCAAGGAAUUCCAAAAGAGCCACCAUAUAAACAACCAGAAAUCCCACAGUCUCAAGGUUAUCCAAAAGAGCCACCAUAUAAACAACCAGAAAUCCCACAGUCUCAAGGAUUUCCAAAAGAGCCCCCAUAUAAACAACCAGAAAUCCCACAGGCUCAAGGUUAUCCAAAAGUGCCACCAUAUAAACAACCAGAAAUCCCACAGUCUCAAGGUAUUCCAAAAGAGCCCCCAUAUAAACAACCAGAAAUCCCACAGGCUCAAGGUAUUCCAAAAGAGCCGCCAUAUAAACAACCAGAAAUCCCACAGGCUCAAGGUUAUCCAAAAGAGCCACCAUAUAAACAACCAGAAAUCCCACAGUCUCAAGGAAUUCCAAAAGAGCCACCAUAUAAACAACCAGAAAUCCCACAGUCUCAAGGAAUUCCAAAAGAGCCACCAUAUAAACAACCAGAAAUCCCACAGUCUCAAGGAGAAUGCCCCAAGCAUGUGCUGAAAUUUCGUUGCACAGAAAGACGUAAGGAUGAGUGUCGCAAUGAUGCUGCCUGUGAUUGGGGUGAAAAGUGCUGUGAUAAUGGCUGCCAGAUGGUUUGCACUAAUGUCAGAGGACAAGGUAUAGAUCCAUCUCUUAAACCACAGUUUCCUGGCCCACCAAAACAGAGUGGUCAAGACCUAAACUUCUUUACACGGAAACCACCACCUCCCAUAAUAAAACCACAAGUCCCACCGGUCCCACCGGUCCCACAGGUCCCACCGGUCCCACCGGUCCCACAGGUCCCACCAGGCCCUUUUCCUAUACCCCCUGAACCAGACAGACCGGAUUUUCCACCAUUUUGGGACCCUGCUGCUCCUCAACCCUAUUACCCUGAUAACCCUGAACCUAUAGAUGUCGAAGUUAUACCUUAAUCUUGGAAAUAAAGCUUUGCACAGAAAUAAAGCUUGUUCUACUUUAGCGGCACGUUAUUGACUUGUGAGAUGCAGUUUAAUAUGAAAUAAAAUGUUUUGGCAGAA